UUUCCUCUUACUAAUACAAUGCUCUCUUUAAUUUAAGCUCUGUAGCUCAUUCAUUUAUUUAUAUUCUCUCAGUUUUGUUCUAUAUAUAGUUCUCUCUGUCCUUGUGCUCUAUAAGUUAUAUACAGCUAGCUAAUUCAUCUUGCUCCAGAGCCCUUUAAAAUGUCUCUCAUAUUGGACUCUAGCACUUCACCCAUUCCUGUGUCAUGUCCAUUGAUGGAGCUUAAAGAUGAGAAUGGAGCUUUGGUUUUUGACUCUGCCCUGCAUCAGAAACAAUCGAACUUGCCCAGUGCGUUUAUCUGGCCACUGCGAGACUUGGUACACAGUCAUGAAGAGGAGCUUAAAGAACCCCUGAUAGACCUGGGUCGGUUCAUUCGAGGUGACAAUGCGGCAACUGCUCGCGCAGUGGAGCUCGUGAGGGCUGCUUGCUUGAACCAUGGUUUCUUCCAAGUGACCAACCAUGGUGUUGAUGCCAGUCUCAUUCGUGCCGCAUAUGAGGAGAUGGAUGCCAUUUUCAAGAUGCCUCCCGGCAGGAAGCUCAGCCUUUACAGGAAGCCCGGCUGCUUCUCAGGGUAUUCCGGCGCCCAUGCAGAUCGCUACUCGUCUAACUUGCCAUGGAAGGAGACAUUUUCUUUUGGGUACCAUGGGAACGAGUCCGAGCCCACCGUAGUUAACUAUUUCAAGUCUGUCUUAGGAGAAGAUUUUGAACCGACAGGUUGGGUUUACCAAAGAUACUGUGAAGCCAUGAAGGAAGUUUCUCUAGUGAUUAUGGAGCUCUUGGCACUUAGCUUGGGUGUUGAUCGUUUACACUACAGAAAGUUUUUUGAAGAUGGAAGCUCAAUAAUGAGGUGUAACAACUAUCCUCCUUGCAAAAAAUCUGGCCUCACCCUCGGCACCGGUCCUCAUUGCGACCCAGCCUCCUUGACCAUACUUCAUCAGGACCAAGUAGGAGGCCUUGAGGUUUUUGCAAACAACAGAUGGCAAGCAAUUCGACCUCGUCCAGAUGCCCUAGUUAUAAACAUUGGGGAUACCUUUAUGGCAUUAUCCAAUGGGAGGUAUAAGAGUUGCCUGCACAGGGCAGUGGUGAACAGGGAAAAGGAGAGGAGAUCAUUGGUUUUCUUCGUGUGCCCUAGAGAGGACAAAGUAGUGAGCCCCCCCCAAGAUCUGGUUUGCGGAGAAGGGCAAAGGAAGUACCCGGAUUUCACAUGGUCCGACCUCUUGGAGUUUACCCAAAAGCACUACAGAGCUGAUGUCGCUACCCUCCAAAGCUUCAUCCAAUGGCUUAAUCUAUCUACCAAAAAAUCCAACUUCUAGUACCUUUAAUUGGCAGAUUCUGAUCAACGAAUUAUAUCGAUCUGAUCAAUAUGCAUGAUAUUCUAUUUCCCAUCCCCCAACUCCUUAAUUUCCUCCCUAUUUUGUAUAUAUAUGCAUGUAUGUCGUUUAAGCAAAUAUCUAGCUCACCAGCCAGCUAAUAUUAUUUGGUUUUGGUGUACCCUAGUUCUACUAGUACUAGUACUAGUACCGUAUAUACAUGACAAUUCUCAUGAGUACCAGUACUAGUUCUCAUCAGUACCGUACUCAUGAUAUCUGUAAUUUGAUCUUUCUCUGAGUACUGUAUGGUGCACGUGCAUAUUCAGGCACAGUACGCAUGCAUACGCUAUUAAAGAGAAGACUUUUUAUGUUAUCCAAGUAGUCCAAGUCAUGCAUGAA